AUACGUCUAAAAUUAAAUAAAGUGAUAAAAAGCUUAGAACCCACAUCGUGUAACAUGACCAAUGAAACUCUUGAAGACCAACGGAAAAGGCACCAACGUGAGCGACAGCAACGUCACCGUCAAAAGAGAGCUGCUCUUACUACUAUCACCAUUAAUAAGGCAGAUGGAGAUAUCACUGGAUCUGAACCAGAAAAGAUAUUUAAUAAUAGUAGAGAAAAUGCUAAUUAUAAGGAAACAUCACGAGAACGAUGCUUAAGAUUGAGAAGGGAAGCUGCAAGACGACGAAAUGAAAGGGAAACAUUAGAGGACACAGCAGCACGGCUAAAGAAGAGAAGAGAGGCUGCAGUACAAAGAAAACAAAAUCAAACACCUGAAGAUGCUGCAAGGUUCCGGCAAUCAAAAAGACAAAGAUAUACGCAUAUAGUAGAUACUUCUAUUAUAGAACCUCCUAAUGCUAUUUCUCCC